AUGGCUGGACAACUACGCGACAGUCCUGAUCAGCCCAAGCGGGAGAGAGAUAGGAAGGGUCGAGUAGGGGGAUCCGACAUCACAACCCUCCGCCGCCGUAGUUCACCGGUGGAGUCACCGUCCCGCGUCGUGGUCUAUCUUCGCAUCUUGCUACACGUCACGGAGGCCGUACUUAUAUUUACACAUGGUGUAUUUUGCAAUAAUGUGUCUUCCUCCGCCGCCAUCACCACCUCGCUCUCCCGCGUCCUCCCCAACUCCACCUUCCUCGUCCCCGACGACUCGCUCCUUCCCACCGGCGAGGACUUCAACUCCUCCGCCGUCCCGGCCCCGGCGCGGGAUGACGACGACGCGGCCGCGGCCGUCAGCGUCGCCUCCGCCGCAGCCGCGGGCAACAGGACCUGGGACCCGCGCGUCCUCGCCGCCGUCAAGGCGUUCAACGCCAGGGCCUUCUUCCGCAAGUCCAUCGUGUUUCUCAGCUACGAGGCGCCGGUGCCCGGCCCCAAGCCCGGCCAGUGCGACGUCGCCUGGAGGUUCCGGAACCGCCGGGAGAAGUCGUGGCGCCGCUACAGGGACUACCGCCGGUUCAGCCUCACCUCGGGCGAUGGCUGCGCUCUUGACAUCGUCAGCGUCAGCAAGUUCCGGUCGGGGACGAAUGCAGUUCGCCGACCGUAUCCUGACCUGUUCAUUUGGAGCUUCCUGUGUGGGCUCGGUGAAGCCAAGUUCCUCAACCGGACGUUCGUGAUGGAUCUGAAUAUCUGUUUGUCUGGGGCACACACGCACUUGAAGGAGAGUGUGCCGGUGGUGGAGGAAGGGGACUUCCUGAAGGAUUGGAAGCGGUGGGAUAAGAAGAAGGGUCCAGGACGGAUCACAGUGCGGAAGGUUCCAUCGUACAAGGUAACACCGAUGCAACUGAAGAGGGACAAGAGCAACAUCAUUUGGAGGCAGUUCAAUGGUCAGGAGCCCGAGAAUUACUGGUACCGAGUUUGUGAAGGGCGAGCUGCCAAAGUCAUCCAAAGGCCCUGGUAUGCUAUUUGGAAGUCAAAGAGGCUGAUGAACAUUGUGACUGAGAUUGCAGGUAGGAUGGAUUGGGAUUAUGAUGGUUUGCAUGUUGUCCGAGGGUGGAAGGCGCAGAACAGGCAAAUGUAUCCAAACCUGGAUUCUGACACAUCGCCUGAUGCACUCGUUGAUAAGGUGACCAAGCUUGUUAAGACAUGGAGAAAUCUCUACAUUGCAACUAUUCUCUAG